AUGAAAUACACACUUGUUGCAUUCCUUUGCCUUCUCUCUUUGGCAACUGCAUUCAACAUUGAGGCACAUGAUAACCUCGUUGCCUACUUUGGUCAAGAUGCUGCCAAUGGUGGACAACAGAUGUUGAGCUACUACUGUAAUGACACUACUUAUGAUGUAUUCAUUCUAUCAUUCUUGGACAUCUUCUUUAGUGGAGAGACGUUCAAUGGUGUCGAGUUGCCAGAGGUGAACUUGGCAAACUUGUGUCCAAACACAUUCUCUCAGUACCCCUUGCUAAUGGAGUGCCCAGAGAUGGGUGAGGACGUCAAGUACUGCCAGUCCAAGGGCAAGAUUGUCACACUGUCCAUCGGAGGCGCUGUUGGUGCCUACGGAUUCUCGUCGGCCCAGCAGGCCGAGACCUUUGCCACCACACUCUGGAACAUGUUCCUCGGCGGUGACGCUGGAUACCCCCGCCCAUUCGGCGACGCCAUUCUCGACGGCAUUGACCUGGAUAUCGAAGGCGGUGGCGGCCAAUACUACGACCUGUUCGUGACCACUCUCAAGAAGCAGUACUUUGCUGGCGCCAACAAGACCUACUACAUCUCGGGCGCACCCCAGUGCCCGUACCCCGACGCAUACCUUGGACCAGGUGUCGGAACCGCACUCGGCACCGGCCUCUUUGACUUUGUCAACGUGCAGUUCUACAACAACUACUGCGACCUAUCUGGUGGCUCGUCCAACUAUGACACAUGGGCAAGCUGGGCCGCAUCGGCCAACGGCACUAAGUUGAUGAUCGGUCUGCCCGCAGGACCAUCAGCCGCCGGAAGCGGAUAUAUGAAUGGCAAUGAGGCAGUACAAAAGUUGCAGCCAUACCUUACCAAUCCAAGCUUUGGUGGUGUCAUGCUCUGGGAUGUAUCCGUUGCACAGACCAACCCAGUUGGCGAUGACAACUAUGCAUCAUACCUCUCUCAAUACCUCAAGAAGAAUGCUCCACCUCCCUCUUCAGCUUAA